AGAACGUCCCUUUCGACCGACGUCACUUCUUGGUCUUGGUCUAACCGGCCUAUUGCUGAGCUGUACUUCUGGCCGGAACCUACACCCGGAUUCCGAAACCGUGCCGACACCGGAGUGAAUGAGAUAGCGGAGCAUUACUGUUUCUAUGGCAACCUACUUGGAAUUUAUUCAGCAGAACGAAGAGCGAGAUGGGGUGCGUUUCAGCUGGAACGUUUGGCCAUCGAGCCGGCUGGAAGCUACGCGGAUGGUUGUGCCCCUAGGAUGCCUUUUCACCCCACUUAAAGAACGGUCGGACUUGCCACCCGUGCAGUAUGAACCGGUCCUCUGCACAAGGCCAACCUGCAAAGCGGUCCUUAAUCCACUUUGCCAAGUUGACUACAGAGCUAAGCUUUGGGCUUGUAACUUUUGUUUCCAACGUAACCAGUUCCCUCCUACGUAUGCAGGAAUAUCCGAAGUGAAUCAGCCUGCGGAGCUGAUGCCGCAGUUCUCUACCAUCGAAUAUAUUGUCCAGCGAGGACCACCAACUCCUCUGAUAUUCCUGUAUGUGGUCGAUACCUGCCUGGAGGAAGAAGACUUGCAAGCUCUCAAGGAAUCGCUGCAGAUGUCACUUAGUCUUUUGCCUCCAGAUGCCCUGGUGGGACUAAUUACUUUUGGGAGAAUGGUUCAAGUGCAUGAACUCAACUGUGAUGGGAUCUCAAAAAGCUAUGUCUUCCGAGGAACCAAAGAUCUUACAGCUAAGCAAAUACAGGAUAUGUUAGGUCUUGUAAAACCUGCAGCUGCAGCACAACAGGGGAGACCCCAACAGCCCCAUGAGCCGCCUUUCUUGUCAAGCAGGUUUUUGCAGCCUGUUCACAAGAUCGACAUGAAUUUAACAGAUCUACUUGGGGAAUUACAACGUGACCCAUGGCCUGUAACUCAGGGGAAAAGACCACUGAGAUCCACCGGGGUGGCCCUGUCCAUUGCUGUUGGUUUGUUAGAGGGAACACUUCCAAACACUGGUGCCAGAAUCAUGCUGUUUACUGGAGGGCCACCAUCACAAGGACCAGGGAUGGUUGUCGGAGAUGAACUGAAAACACCAAUUCGUUCCUGGCACGACAUUGAUAAAGAUAAUGCACGUUUUAUGAAGAAGGCUACUAAGCACUAUGAAGGACUGGCUAACCGCUCCGCAGCCAACGGUCACUGCAUUGACAUUUAUGCUUGUGCACUGGACCAGACGGGUCUCCUGGAGAUGAAGUGCUGCUCCAACCUCACCGGGGGUCAGAUUGUCAUUGGAGAUUCUUUCAAUACUUCUCUGUUUAAGCAGACAUUUCAGCGAGUGUUCAGUAAAGAUGCAAAUGGAGCCUUCAAAAUGGCCUUUGGUGCCAACCUCGAAGUUAAGACUUCCCGAGAGCUGAAAAUUUCAGGUGCGAUUGGACCCUGCGUUUCCUUGAAUGUGAAAAGUCCAUGCAUUUCAGAAAAUGAACUUGGAGUCGGUGGGACGUGUCAGUGGAAAAUAUGCGGGCUGGAUCCAUCUACAACUCUAUCCUUUUACUUUGAAGUGGUGAACCAGCACAAUGCGCCCAUUCCUCAGGGAGGCCGUGGGGCUAUUCAGUUUGUCACUCAAUACCAGCAUUCCAGCACACAGAAACGUAUCCGAGUCACCACAAUCGCCAGGAACUGGGCAGAUGCUCAGACACAGCUGCAGCACAUUGAGGCAGCCUUCGAUCAGGAAGCAGCAGCGGUGCUGAUGGCGCGUCUUGGGGUCUACAGGGCCGAGACAGAAGAGGGACCAGAUGUUCUGCGUUGGUUAGACAGACAGCUCAUCAGGCUUUGCCAGAAGUUUGGGCAGUACAACAAGGAUGACCCCACCUCCUUCAGACUUUCAGACGCCUUUUCUCUUUACCCUCAGUUCAUGUUCCACUUGAGAAGAUCUCCUUUCCUGCAAGUGUUCAAUAACAGUCCAGAUGAGUCGUCGUACUAUCGGCAUCACUUCGCCAGACAAGACCUGACCCAGUCUCUGAUCAUGAUCCAGCCCAUCCUCUACUCCUACUCUUUCUAUGGUCCUCCAGAGCCUGUCUUAUUGGACAGCAGUAGCAUUUUAGCGGACAGGAUUCUGCUUAUGGACACCUUCUUCCAAAUUGUCAUCUACCUUGGAGAGACUAUUGCUCAGUGGAGAAAAGCUGGUUACCAGGAGAUGCCAGAAUAUGAGAACUUCAAGCAUCUACUUCAGGCACCACUAGAUGACGCUCAGGAAAUCUUACAAAGCAGAUUUCCAAUGCCACGCUACAUCAAUACAGAACAUGGAGGCAGCCAAGCUAGAUUCCUGCUCUCCAAAGUCAAUCCCUCACAGACGCACAACAAUAUCUACAGCUAUGGGCAGGACGGUGGAUCCCCAAUUCUGACAGAUGAUGUCAGUCUACAAGUUUUUAUGGAUCAUUUGAAAAAGCUUGCUGUUUCUACCGCCUCAUAGUGCAAAAAAACUGUCAACAGAAAAAUUUCAAAUACAUGCAGUGGAAGAUGACGCCAUUUUUAGCCGAAAACACAUUCCCCCCCUGUAGUCAAAGGAGCUAAUCAGAGUUUUACCAGAAGCUGAAUACGAUGUGGUUAACAUUUUUGAAUGUGGUCCUAUCUUAGAUUUAAUUUAUUUUUGUUUUACAAGUAGAAUUACUUCCAUAUGUUAACAUGAUUGUGUAUAUAUUCCGGAUGCCUUGUCAAUUCUCCCCCACCGUCGCCUUCUGUUUAUUUAGUACAUGCGACUCCAUAGUAAAUUUUUCUGCCAAAACGAGUGUUUCUUCUUAAUAUUUGGAACCUUUUUUGCAUAAUGAGCAAACAAAACACCAUAUGGCAGAUUUCUAUAUUUAUAGUCUAUCCUGAUAUGUUUUCAUCCUUGGUUUACAGUGAUAACCAUGACCAUAGUAGAAAACGUUGUAUCGUAUUAACCAUAUACAUGUCACUAUUAAAUAAAAACAGAGAAAAUA